UUUACCCUAAAGUAAAAAUUAAAUGGUAGGAACUAUGAUGUUCCAUUGAUAAUUGUAUUUAGAAUUAUAUUUGAAACGUCUUGCGCGAAAAUGACAUCGAUAUUUAGAAACUGUUGGAGGCUGUCGCGAAGUUUACCAGUUGCUACGCCGAAAAGUUAUGCUGUCUCUUUUCCAUUAUCGAUACGAUACAACACUACAACCAGUGAAAAAGUUGAAAAAACCGAGACUCGUCCCACGGUGCGUAAACCCAAUCACAUUGAUGUCACUCGUUUGGUAAAUUUUGGUCGCUACAUCUCUAAUUGCUUACCAAAAUAUGUACAACAAGUACAGUUGACUGCUGGUGAUGAAUUGGAAAUACUUAUUGCUCCUGAAGGCAUUAUCCCUACAUGUGCAUUUUUGAAAGACCAUCACAAUACACAAUUUGUUAAUCUGUCAGAUAUUACUGCUUUAGAUGUACCUAGUAGGCAGUAUAGAUUUGAGCUCGUCUACAACCUGUUAUCAUUGCGUUAUAAUUCACGUAUUAGGGUAAAAACAUAUACUGAUGAGUUAACACCUAUUGAUUCCAUCUGCAGCGUAUUCAAAGCUGCUGAUUGGUACGAACGAGAAGUAUGGGAUAUGUUUGGCAUAUUUUUCUUGAAUCAUCCUGAUCUUCGCAGGAUUCUUACAGACUAUGGCUUUGAAGGGCAUCCGCUAAGGAAAGACUUUCCACUCAGUGGAUAUGUUGAGGUUCGCUACGAUGAUGAGCAAAAAAGAGUGGUUAUUGAACCAUUGGAAUUGACUCAAGAAUUUCGUAAAUUUGAACUAUCCGCUCCAUGGGAACAGUUUCCUAAAUUCAGAGAAGCUCCACCAGCUGCUGAAACUAUCUCAAAAGAAAAGUAACUGUUUUUACUUAGAUCAUUAGAUAUAGUCCAAGAAAGCAGGCAUAAAGUAUGUAUAUUGAUAAAAAAAAGUAUGUAUAUUGAUAAAAUGUAAUUUAAAUUGACAAAUAUCCUCUUUUCUCUUGUUAAUAAUUUCUGAAUGUUCAAUUCAGAGAUUUGUUCUGAAAAUACAGAGGAUAAUGUGUAUAAAUA